UUCCCGGAAGAUGCCGAUUUCCUUGUAUAUCUCCCUAUGCUAACACUUACUGUAGUCUAUAGUUUGGUCCGCACUUUAAUUAGACUAAUGCUAAAUCGUAUUGAGCUGCUGACAAAAGGCUUGUAAAGUCACACUAGUGACUUCAGCUGAAUUUUUUUUGUUUAUGGAUUAUUAUUUAGGCUACUUUAUAAGCAAUAGGACAUGACGCGAACACAAAACAACUUUCUUUUUAACGUUUUUUAAUCCACCGUCGUCCCUCUAUGCUUAUUGCUCAACACUAAAGCUUGUCCCGACUCCUCUGGUCUUGCUUACUACUACUACUAGGCUGCAGCCAAGCGUUGGUGCCAGGCCAAUCAUUUCCCAGGAAAAUGUGACUGCUAGGAAUUCCCCACGCAUCAGCCCCUGUCGGAGAAAACUGCAACCUUGUGUCUGGAAGCACACGAAAGCAGCGGGAGGGUAAAGCUGCCCGGCGAAUGUGUGAUGAUGUAGCUACAGCACCGUUUUGUCUCCAAAUCGCACCAGGGAAGGGAUAAUAAUGUUCUUCUAACGUCGCCUUGUUUCACGAGGACAGCCACUUACUGCCUGCAUAAAGCCAGGGGAUAUGCAGAGCUGAUGACAACUUCUAACAGGGUGUAGAUGCUCCAGGCACAGCGGGACACAGCCUCCGUGUCAGAGAGGGACGAGGCUGCUCCCACCUGGGCCACAGCACUCCUCUGAAACUCAGAUUGUGGUCUCUCUCUUGGACCACUAGCCGCCCAGAGUAGGGAACAGGAGGACAGUACCGGGGAAGCCAUUUUGUGAGGUGAAGCUAAGUCUCUGUCUGUGCAGAGAAGGAGCCAGAAUCAUAGCUGGGAUAUUUUAGGCUGCUCCCUGCCCUAUGACAUCCACCGCCAUGACGACUGCAGUACAGUCUGGGGAACUGGUGUUUGAAUUUGCCAGCAAUGGGAUGGAUGAAAUCAAUCAGGUGUGCAGUUAUCUCACCCCUACACCCAUGUCUGAAUCCUGUGGAGCAGGCUUGAUUCUGGAUGACCCAUCAGUAUUCCCAGCUGUGAUUGUUGAGCAGGUGCCUGCAACUGAUCUGCUGCAAGUCUACUCAGGCCUGGAGUCCGAUGAGGUGACCAACGGCAUCAUGGUGGACACCACCCUUCAUGUGGUGGAGGAAUCACCCAUCGAAGUGGGAGGAGUGGACCUCUCAGAAACAACAGUCUCAGGUGCAGAGGACAGCAUGGAGACGAACGCAGCUGCAGCAGCUCUUCUUAACAUGGAGUCCCCAAAUAACAUUUUGGAUGAGAAGCGUAUGAUUAACACGUACGGCACACUGCUGGACUCAGACCUGAUAUACACCCCACUGAGGCCUGAUCCGAUAGACAACAGUACCCUUGAUGUGUCCCUAGACGAAGACACUUCAUCCAUGGAUGAGAUUCCCCAAAAGUGUCCUUUAAAACCUCAGAAAAAAACCAAAGUGCGGAAGCCGCGGGCGGUACGUCCCUGCUCCCCUAUCAGCAGCCCUAACCUGCCACUCAGGAAGAAGAGCAAAGAGGGCAAAGGCAACACCAUCUACCUGUGGGAAUUCCUUCUGGCUUUACUGCAGGAUAAAAACACCUGUCCCAAAUACAUCAAGUGGACACAGCGGGAGAAAGGCAUCUUUAAGCUAGUAGACUCCAAAGCUGUUUCAAAGCUGUGGGGCAAACACAAGAACAAACCUGACAUGAACUAUGAGACCAUGGGAAGAGCUCUCAGGUACUACUAUCAGAGAGGCAUUCUGGCUAAAGUGGAGGGGCAGCGGCUGGUUUACCAGUUCAAGGAGAUGCCACCAGAUCUGGUGGUGAUCGAGGAUGAAGAGACGGGCUCUGAUGCCAGUGCAGGCUACGAGAACCAGAGAUCUACCAAUGGACGCUCUAUGGCUCGCGGAGGGUCCAAAGGGCAAGGGAGGGCCCAUGGUCAACACCAUGUCUCAGUGAAACAGAUGAAGAAGGAGCCAAAUGAUGAAUGUUCGUACCAGGAAGUUAACGGCGGACACCCUGAGCAGUUCCUUCAUUCUCUUCAUGUAUUGCAAGCCUCCCAAGGGUUAGGUGUUCACGAGCACGCACAAGCUAUGAGGACCAUUGCUGCUCCUGCAUCGGUUCCUAUGGCCCUGACAUCUUCCAACUCUCUUCAGUCGGUCCCCCUCAAGACUGUUCUGGCCAAUGGGGACUCUAGCCACUCCUCCCCUCCUCGAGUUAUUCUUCACACCAUGCCAUCUACCACAGCAGGUGGUAAAGAUGUGCUCACUAUCCAGACGGUCUCUCUAGCAAGUGGAGCCCACAGCCUGCAGGAUGGCCUCCCGCAACAGCUCAUGGUCACCAAUCUGAGCGCCUCUUCUGUCUCCUCCUCCUCCACCUCCUCCUGCUCUUCCCCUCCAGGGGUCAUUAGUUCUACUGCUUCCAACCUCAACAGUCUCCCCCGCCUGGUUGCCAUCAACACCACCUCUGGGCAGACCAUGGUGGCACAGCAGCCUGGCACUGUAAUUGCCACUGUGCUCAAAUCCAGUGACAUCUCUGGGCUGCAGGUCAAAGAAGAGUUGCUGGACCCCAGCUACUUCCAGUCAAUGGUGAACAGCGAUCUGUCGCUGGCUGUACAUACAUUUGAGAAAGAAGAGAUGGAGGUAGGGGAGGCAGAGCUGCAGUAUAGGACUGUGAUCAUUGAUACCAGCCAAAGCCAGGGCCUGGCAAGUGAAACUAUAAUUAAUGGACAUUCCUCACAGAGCAGCAGCCCAAGUGAGGGCCUGACCCCUGUGGAGGAGCUGGAGGUACGUGGGGAGAUGUCCCUGCAGCCUGAGCAGGGAAUAAAAGGCUUGCAGGAGCUGCCACUGUCUGUCCAACUGCCUGCAAACUUUAUCCAGAUAAAGGCAGAGCCUGCAGAGGCUUAGGGCUGCAGGACUCUUUCACACAAGCGCUUAAACCCCCCCCCCCACAAUUAAAUCAUUGAUCACAGACUUGAUGUUUUCCUACCACAGUGAUCUGAUCGAAGAUCAGAAGUGAGGGAUCUUGCAGUAUGUUGCUUUUAAAUAUUGGUCAGUUCAGCCUCAGGAUGUAUUGUUUACUUACAUAUUUUGUGACCAUGUGCCUAAUUUUAAAAAAAUCAGCAGAGUGUUGAGUUUUUUCUAAGAAUUCACUUGUCAGAUUUGGGAUUAAGACAUGAACCCCAGCACACACUGACACAGAUACAUUUAAACAAAGACACAAAAAAAAGAUAUGCACACAAAAACACCUUCCCCUCUAGGAGAACAGCCAUUGGGUGAACCAGGGAUCCUAUCUACCAAAUGUGCCAGUUAGUAAUUUUCUUACCUUACAUCUCAUUGGACAGGACUAUGUUUAAAGAGAAUGCAGCAUACCAAAACUGGGGACUGAUGCCAAAGGGUGCAAUGAAACCAGGCUUCUGAGAGCAUGUAGAGUGUAUGUGUGUUUGAAGUUUCUGUUCCCAUGGAUGAGGGAUGGAUGCCGUGUCACAGUGUCCAGGCCAGUGACAGAACACAUCUCAGAGUUUAAUUGAAGAGUGCCUUACAAGAAGUUCAAACAGCUCAAGACUCUUUCUUGGAAACUUCUGGGAAAAAGAUGAAAGCUGGACGAAAUAGCUUUUCAGACUUUCAGACUUUUAAGAACUAAUUACUCAUUUAUUUUCAUAUAAACAAAAAAUAAAAUGUAUGCAUUACUCCUGGCCUUAAACCUCUGUGUUACUAUGGAAAUGGGCAUUUUCUGGCCACCAAGGACAGUCCAACAUCAAAACUGUUUGUAUAGAGAUGCAAACUCGAGGCACAACAAGAUAAGAAGGCACAAAUGAGGAGAAAGAAUACACCGUAUAAAACAGAUUUUAUCAGCUUCUGCUUCAGAGGCUUCAAGGUUGAAACUCUGUUUAUAUGUAAUGGAUAUAUAUGAAUCUAUAUAUACAUAUAAUAUACAAUUAAGAUUCAAUUUUAAGGCCACAGUGAGUUUAUUUAUUUUGUGAAUUUCUAAAUUCUGUAUAAAAAGGCACAUUUGUCUUCUAUUUACAUGUGUAACAAUGAGGGGAAAAUGUAAUGAAUAUGAGAGUUAAUACUAG